UCGUCACCACAGAGGCCGGCCGGUUGGACAAUAUUCCUCGUCAUUACUGAAGUGCGCGUCGCGACGCUAGUAACUGCUGCGUGAGGAAACCGGGAACUCAGUGUGCCAAACGCGUGGUUUGGAACGACGUUUCAUCGGAAGAGUGGUCAAAAUGAUUAGAUCUAUUUUUGUACUUGGAAUAUUAUUGGGUGUUUCCCAAAGAAGCUUCGUCAGUACUGUACCAAUUUCAGACACUGACAAAAAGAAUACCGAAAUGAAGGACGAGGAAAGUGUGCGAGAACUGCAGAAUUUGAAGCAUUCUUUAGGCGGAACUUUAUCGAUGAUGAGAACGCAGACUGACCUGUACAGGGACCUGAAUGGGAAGAAGGAAGCCCAUUCUAUGGAUACUGAAGAAGUCAAACAGAACGGGCAGCUGGUAGCGAAACUGUUCCAACGAAUGGACACAGAUCCUGAAGCACCAGAUAAAGGCGGCCAGCCGAGAGCUAGGGUCAGGAUAGAGUUGGAGGUUCCUUCGAAAGGUUUGCAUCACGUAGCGGAGCAGCAACUGCCGGAAAAUCGCCCCAAACUUUCGGAGAGAAAGAGGCAAUCUUCGAAUCAGGACCAGGCGAGGGAGACCCAAAAUAACGUGGAAAGAUCUGACAAUUCACCUGAUGGAACCCAGCAAUACACUCCACUCGACAUGGCCGAGUACGUGUUCUGGACCGGUGACGAGAAGAGCGUAAGUCUAGCUAUAGAGGAGUUCCUUCAGGAAGGAGUGAUGAACCGAGAGGAGGCCAUAUUAUUCUUGCAAGAGAUAAAACACGAUUUGGACUAUCUGAAAAACCAUUAUUCCCGUUAUGAUCCCAACUUCAAAGAACAGAAUCAGAGCAGUUUGAAGGAAAGGAACCAACCGGAAGGCUAUCAAACGGGCAAACCAGAAUCCCAGCAAAAAAGGACAGCCAGCGAUCGGAUCAGAGCCGAGUUGAAUCAGCUGAGACAGCUGCAGGAAGUGUACAAAAAGAGGAACGCUGAUAGGAAGACGACCACUUUGUACUACGGCGGAUCCAAUCAGGGGAAAAACUCGGGGACGGACUUGGAAAGUUCCAACAACGAAGAAUAUCAAGAACUCAUGGAGAGGCUAAGGCUGGCUGAUUUUUUAUACACAGAAUACUCUUUGGAAGAGGUGAUAUACCAACUCGCUAAAGUGAUUUUCACUCAAAGUCUCACCGCUGGCAGUGCCGAUGCUCAAAAUGCAUUGACGAAAUUCAUCAACUUCCUAGAAAAGGAAGCCGAAGAAGCUAGGAUAUCCAGGGCAUUGGAGAAGAAAGUUUUAGAUGUUCUCAUUGCUGCUUUGUCCGAUACCUUCAACGAACAUCCAGAAUUACUCAACAUGAGACGAGAGAUGUUACAGAACAAUGACCAAAUCGCGGGUCAGCAGGUUCUGAGGCAGUUACUCGAAUUUCCAUUGGAAGAGAGGAACGAGUUGCCCAGGGCAACCCAUUUGGAUUUUCAGAAGGGAAAGAACAUUGAGCAAGACGUCGAUUCUCAGAUUAAGGACCAAAAGAUGUUACUACAUAAUUUGCCCUACGCAAUAGGAAGGAAAUGAAUAAAGAACUGAAAUCAAAAUAUUUUAUGCUGAUACGUAAAUAAAUAUAGUAUAAAUAUACAUAAAUACAAUUUAAAAUACAAUUCGAAGAUGGGUAUCUAUAAAAUGAACAAUCGUCAUAAAUGAAAUAAUAAGUUUAUACAUUACUGAAGCUCACUUUAAUCAACGAAACGUGAUUGUAAUUGUAAGCUAAUUUAUUAAUGAUGCAAUUCGGAUUCCGGGAAGUAUAAUCAGUUAUCAAAAUAGGAAAAUUGAAUGCUUCAGAAUGUAUAUAAAAUCAUUUCAUUUCAAUCACAAGCAUAUAUAAAACCAUGAAACUAUUGUUCAGUUUAUAUUGAUAAUAUUCAUAGUCUGGAAACAGAACUCUUGAGUAAUUGUAGGCAGUCCAAUAAUACCAAUACAAUAUAAAUUAAUAAUUGUCAUGACACGAUAUCCCACUAGAUCCUACAUUGAAAACUUGUAGGGGAAACAUACCUCGAUAGAAAAUUCUUCGAAACAUUUCAACUUGCCUUUCAUUUAUCUAAGCAAAUUCUUAAAAUGAUUAAAAUUUUUUUGAAAACAAGAAUUACAAAAUGUAAAUCUUAUAUAGAUGAUCAUAUUAUGUUAUUAUAUUAUAUGUAAAUAUAUUAUCAAAGUUGUAUAUUAUGAAUCAAAUAAAAAAUAUCAAUCAAAGAG